AGAAAUGAAAAGCUGGGUACGGAGUCGUUGAAAAAAGCGGUCCAAGAGCUCGGCAAAAAGCGUCAUUCCGAUGUGCGCUAUCAUCAGCUGGAUAUCACCAAUCGUGACAGUUGCCAGAAUUUGGCCACUUUUCUAAAAAUCGAGCACGAUGGACUCGAUGUGCUUAUCAACAACGCUGGAUUUGCCUUUAAACAUGAUGCGAAGGAGCCACCAGAAGAGCAGGCCCGUGUAACAAUCGGCGUCAAUUAUGAGGGCACCAAACAAGUAUGCGAUGUACUAUUUCCUCUUAUACGAAAUGGCGGAAGGGUGGUCAAUGUAUGCAGUUCAGAGGGCAUUCUAUCAGGACGUUACAGUGAUGAUAUUAUUGCUAGACUUACCAGUCCGUCGCUGACAGUUGCAGAUGUGGACAAAUUCGUCGAAGAUUACAAAAAGGUGGUCAAUGUAUGCAGUUCAGAGGGCAUUUUGUCAGGACGUUACAGUGAUGAUAUUAUUGCUAGACUUACCAGUCCGUCGCUGACAGUUGCAGAUGUCGACAAAUUCGUCGAAGAUUACAAAAAAGCUUGUAUUGGAGAUAAAAGAAAGGAAAACGGUUUUCCGCAGUCAGCAUACAAAGUAUCAAAAGCAGCCGAAAUAGCGCUUACUCUAAUUCAAGCAAAGGAGCUGAUGGCUCGAAAUAUCCUUGUUAACGCGCAUGCUACUUACAGAGCUUGCAUUGGAGAUAAAAGAAAGGAAAACGGUUUUCCGCAGUCAGCAUACAAAGUAUCAAAAGCAGCCGAAAUAGCGCUUACUCUAAUUCAAGCAAAGGAGCUGAUGGCUCGAAAUAUCCUUGUUAACGCGUGCCAUCCGGGUUACGUCAACACCGAUAUGACAAGUCAUCAGGGGCCACUGUCCAUUGAAGAGGGCGCCGACACGCCUAUAUAUCUGGCAAUAAUGGAAGGCAAUGAGCCAACAGGAAAGUUGUAUUAUAAAAGAAGAAUCAUUGACUGGAAUGCACCAUUUCACGGCUAA